CAGCAAGUGAUUUGUGUGCAUGGCCUGUAGCAUUAUGUUUUUUUUUUUUUUUUUUUUUAACAGACAACCAUUGAGGAAUUGAAUGUAACACUUUGUGGUGACCUGAGCAUCAGGUAAAUAAUCACCUGGUUUUUUGAGCUGCUUGUUACAGAGAAUGGAGAUCAUUUCACUGAGAACAGGUCUUUUCCUACGUUGCUUUGUUAUUUUAUUCUGGAGUCUUCACCUGUCGGCUGAACAAGGCAAUCUUCCUGAUUAUAACGACAAUAAAAAUGUCAUUGACUUGCUGAAAGCCCUCAACAUCAAUCACACCAUCAAAGGCAUCACCAAAGCCCAGGAUUCGAAGGAUGGGUUUCAGGUCUGGAAUUUUCACCAGAAACUGCCCGACCUCACCCUCCCCCAAGAUGUCUCCACCUUCCUUGUGGACAACACUCGUGGCUCAUUGGGUUUCCACUUUGUGGCCCAACAAGCAAAGCACACAACCGGCACGCUCAUUACCCUCACCUCACCAGCAAACAUGAAAGGUGCGAGUUGGCCACUGCUGAGUGUGGUGUCCAGCAGAACUUCUGAUCAACUGCGACUGCACUAUCGUGCCCUGUCUGACAUGAAGCCUGCCUAUAUCCUCUUCCCUGAUGGCACACCCUUUUCCAGCAGCCACUGGGCUCAGCUGGCCCUCAGUGUGGAAAUCAACAAAGUUGUGAUCUUUGUCGACUGCAGAGAGGCAAUAAUGUUGGAGAAGAACCCAUUACUCAGUUUAGACCUGCCAGCUGACCUGCAGGUCACCCUUGGCAGCACACCAGGUGACCAGGCCAGCAAGUUUGUGGGUUCCUGGCAAACUGCAAAAAUCUCAACUGUUGGCUACCAGAAGCGGCCAUGGGUCUGCCCAGAUGCAGGUCUACAGCAACUUACCCACCUCAAGAGCAAAGCUGGACUUCUUACAGAGGGGCCCCACCAUGGAGAAAUGAAACUGCAGCCAGAUUUACCCUAUGGCCAGAUCCUGGAACGUGGCAGGCCAACCUGCAUCUGGGAGGGGCGAAAGGUGGAGGAAGGGACACGCUGGGACAUGGAGCAGCAGGGCUCCUGCAUGUGCAUGAAUGGCACAAUCACAUGCACCCCAACAGGAGCUUGCAGCUAUGAGGGAACAAGGUACAACAAUGGCGAACCCUUCAGUCCAGACACAUGCUCGUCCUGUAUAUGUGAGAACCGUUGCAUCCAGUGCCACAAGGUCAUCUGCCCUCCCCAGUCCUGUCCCAACCAGUACGUCCCCCCAGGCCAGUGCUGCCCCACCUGCUAUCCAGGCUGUGAAUAUGAGGAGACCAUCUAUAAGAAUGGAGACGUAUUCCUGUCCAGAUCCAACCCCUGUAUGAACUGCUCAUGCACCGAUAGUGUGGUGAGGUGUAUUCCAGUGCGCUGUCCUCCCACCAAAUGCCACAACCCAAUCCAGAGGCCACGGGAGUGCUGCCCCACUUGCACAGAGUGUAUUGUUGAUGGCCGAAAGUAUGAGGAGGGUUCUGUGUGGGUUCCAGAGAACCAACCCUGCCACACCUGCAUCUGUGUGCAUGGGAAUGUUCAGUGCCGUACAUCUACCUGUCCCCCAGUCCAGUGCCAGAACCCCUGCAGAGCACAUGAUGGGUGCUGUUUAACGUGUGAGUGUGGCAGUUACAAACAGCACAACCACAGUAAUGAGAACAUAUUCUUGAAACCCAAUGAUCCCUGUGAGACAUGCAUUUCUCAGGUUGGCACUCCACAAUGUCCAUCGAGAGACACCAGACCCCGCCCCACUCCCCGUCCACCACGAUGUAUUCCCAGUCCCAGUGCCUGCUGUUACAAACAGCAUAGGUACAGUAAUGGGCAGAGAUUUGUGGACCCUGAUGACUCCUCUAAGACAUGCAUUUGUCAGGCUGGCAGUGUACAAUGCAAUCGUAGAGAAUCUGAACCAACUUCUUCCCCCAGUCCUUGCCCCAGUCCUCUCCACAAUCCUUGCCCCAAUCCUCUCCACAAUCCUUGCCCCAAUCCUCGCCCCACUGCAUCCCCCAGUCCUUGCUCUACUCCUCCCCGCAAUCCUUCCUCCAGUCCUUGCUCCAAUCCUCCCCGCAAUCCUUCCCCCAAUCCUUGCUCCACUCCUCCCGGCAAUCCUUCCCCCAGUCCUUGCUCCACUCCUCCCGGCAAUCCUUCCCCCAAUCCUUGCCCCACUCCUUCCCCCAAUCCUUGCCCCACUCCUCCCUGCAAUCCUUCCCCCAAUCCUUGCCCCACUCCUUCCCCCAAUCCUUGCCCCACUCCUCCCCGCAAUCCUUCCCCCAAUCCUUGCCCCACUCCUCCCUGCAAUCCUUCCCCCAAUCCUUGCCCCACUCCUUCCCCCAAUCCUUGCCCCACUCCUCCCCGCAAUCCUUCCCCCAAUCCUUGCUCCACUCCUCCCCGCAAUCCUUCCCCCAGUCCUUGCUCUACUCCUCCCCGCAAUCCUUCCCCCAAUCCUUGCCCCACUCCUCCCCGCAAUCCUUCCCCCAAUCCUUGCUCCACUCCUCCCCGCAAUCCUUCCCCCAAUCCUUGCUCCACUCCUCCCCGCAAUCCUUCCCCUAAUCCUUGCCCCACUCCUUCCCCCAAUCCUUGCUCCACUCCUCCCUGCAAUCCUUCCUCCAGUCCUUGCUCCACUCCUCCCCGCAAUCCUUCCCCCAAUCCUUGCCCCACUCCUUCCCCCAAUCCUUGCUCCACUCCUCCCCGCAAUCCUUCCCCCAAUCCUUGCUCCACUCCUCCCCGCAAUCCUUCCCCCAGUCCUUGCUCUACUCCUCCCCGCAAUCCUUGCCCCACUCCUUCCCCCAAUCCUUGCCCCACUCCUCCCUGCAAUCCUUCCCCCAAUCCUUGCCCCACUCCUUCCCCCAAUCCUUGCCCCACUCCUCCCCGCAAUCCUUCCCCCAAUCCUUGCCCCACUCCUUCCCCCAAUCCUUGCCCCACUCCUCCCCGCAAUCCUUGCCCCACUCCUUCCCCCAAUCCUUGCCCCACUCCUUCCCCCAAUCCUUGCCCCACUCCUCCCCGCAAUCCUUGCCCCAAUCCUUGCCCCACUCCUUCCCCCAAUCCUUGCCCCACUCCUCCCCGCAAUCCUUGCCCCAAUCCUUGCCCCACUCCUUCCCCCAAUCCUUGCCCCACUCCUCCCCGCAAUCCUUGCCCCACUCCUCCCCGCAAUCCUUGCUGCAAUCCUUCCCCCAAUCCCUGUCCCACUCCUUCCCCCAAUCUUUGCCCAACUCCUUCCUACAAUCCUUCCUCCAUUCCUUGCUCACUACCAGGUAUUCCCAGUCCCAGUGCCUGCUGUUACAAACAGCAUAGGUACAGUAAUGGGCAGAGAUUUGUGGACCCUGAUGACUCCUCUAAGACAUGCAUUUGUCAGGCUGGUGCUGUACAAUGCACGUCUACAGACUGCACACAGCCACCCUGCCCCAACCCUCCCACACUGCCUGAUGACGAUUGUUCCACACCUGACAUGGUAUGUUUGUACAAAAACCUUGUUUACAACAAUGAGGAGACCUUCAUGGACCCCGAAGACCCCUGUAAAAUAUGUAGUUGUCUGGAUGGCAGAGUACUCUGUGCACUAUCAUUCUGCCCACCUGUUUCCUGCCGCAACCCUUACAGACCACCAGGACAGUGCUGUCCCAAGUGUUUAGGGUGUCUGAUGGAUGGCGAGUGGCAUGAGGAAGGCACGGUGUGGGUCAAGAAAGGCCAACCACAGGUCUGCUGCACCUGUGUCCAUGGGGAGUCCCAAUGUGACCCACAACAUUGCCACUUCUCCCUUAUCAAGAAGCCCUGCAGAGGGGACGACUGUUCCUCUGAGAACCACAUGAUCUCAGGUGGUAAGGAGUUCCACAGCUCAUCAGACUCAUGCCAGGAGUGCGUGAGAUUGAGGAAAGAGGUUAUAUGCCAGGACCAAGAGUGUCCACCCCCCAACUGCAGUAACCCGCGGCCUGGGCCCUGCUGCCGGAAUGACUGCAACGGUUGUAGCUUUGCCGGGGUGGAGUACCAGAAUGGGAUGCAGUUUCUUCACCCUACGGAUGACUGCAAGACCUGUCACUGUAACAACGGCAACGUCCGGUGCCUGAGGAAAAGAUGUCCUCCGCUAAAGUGCAGCAAGCAGAAUGUGGUACCUGGAAAAUGCUGCCCCAAAUGUGCAGGUGCGAAACUUCCACUGAUGGCCAAAAACUGGCAUGUAAGAAGUAAUCUCACCGUAGGGACCAUUCACUCUGCUAAAGAGGGAGCAACAGGGUGCUUAUUCUACAACAUGACCUUGGCCAUCCAGCAGUCUGUGCGGGACCCUAGAAACCCAUGUUCUGAGUGCACCUGCAGGGAUGGCCAUGUAUUGUGCGCACCGGUCAAAUGUCCUGAGGUGCAGUGUCAGAACCCCAUCAUCCCGCCUGGGGAGUGCUGCCCUGUUUGCUCCAAGGGCUGUCAUUUUCAGGGUCGGGUCUACAAGAACGGAUCUGCCUUCCAGAUGCCAACUAAGCAGCAUGUGCAGUGCAGCUGCCUCAAUGGGUCCGUGUCAUGCCACAGGAAGCAGUUGUCCUCGACCCGCUCUUGCUCCUAUAUGGGUGCUGUCUAUGCCGACCGUCAGGUCUUCAGAAUACGCACACCGGUUGCCAGCAGCUGUAGGGACUGCUCAUGUUUGGCUGGUCGGGUCUUAUGCGUGGAUAUCCCCUGCCCCAGGCUGACUUGUAAAGACCAGGUAAAAGAUCCCGGGUCCUGCUGCCCUCGCUGCCGAGACAUAUACCACGGAGAUGCCAUGUAACGAUCCAAGCCUGCCGGUAUGGGAAUGAGAACAAAGGAAAGGUGGCAAUAUAGACCAAUGUUUACUUAAGUAAACAAUCCUGUCAGUAAGAAGAAAUGCAAUCCAUUUGAAAUUCCUCGCUGAAAUAACAAGGCACUUGCAUAGAUUAUCAGAUUAAAGGAACCGUACUGUUGUCACUCUCACUAUUUUUUUAAAAUGUGGUGUUUAAUUACUUAAUGUUAGAUUGAGUUUGUGUUGGCUGCAUUAUGCAGCUGGCUGCCUGAAGUACAAUAGAUAACUUUAAUAAAUGAGAUCAGCUUGACCAGCCCAAGAGGAAACGAAAAAUUGUACAUGUGAAAAUUAUGAGUGAUGUAUAAUCCGAUAUGUUAAAGUUCACUAUAUGAAGCCUUUCUCAGUCACUGUCUUGAGCCUACCCUUCUUUGAUCCACAUACUAAAACUGGGCAAUCUAAAGAGUUUGUGUUAAACCGCUUUGUUUUCUCACCUCAGAGGCUUGACAUUCUUCUGAAUUGAAAGCAAUGAAAUUACUCCUCUAUUAUUUGCAACAACAUAACAUCUGUAUUCAUUUUGUAUAUUAUAUUAAUGUAGGCAUUUACAUUUAUUCAUUUAGCAGACAGUUUUGUGCAAAGUGACGUACAUCUCAAAUCUAAGACAUAGUUGUAACCAUCACCAUCAGCUUUCCGGUUGUUGUGGUCUUUGUUCCAAAUCACUAUUAAAGUCAUAAGGAAAAUGC